UAAGGUUGAAUUUACUAUUCUUAUUGAAAUGCUUUCCUUGUGGUGAAAAUCAGUCACUCCUCCGUCUGUGCUGGUCUCGCCUUUUCCGUUACUGUUGGAAAACACCGUUUUUCAACAUGUCUGGCACGUCGAGACGGAGCCCGAAAGAAACCGAGUCCAAACACCUUCCGAUCUAUCGACACAGAGACAAACUGGUCCAGGCUGUGAAAAGCAGCACUUUCCUGGUUGUGACGGGUGAGACUGGCAGCGGGAAAACCACACAGCUUCCACAGUACCUCCAUGAAGCAGGUUUUUGUAAGGAUGGCAGAAUUGGCAUCACGCAACCUCGUCGCGUGGCAGCCAUCACAGUGGCCCAGCGGGUGGCCCAGGAGAUGCAGUGCACUCUGGGAAAAGAGGUUGGCUACCAAGUGCGAUUUGAUGACUGCACAUCACAGGACACACAGGUGAAGUACAUGACUGACGGAUGCUUGCUGAGGGAGAUCCUGGCCGACCCUGGACUUUCCCAGUACAGCGUUAUAAUCCUGGAUGAAGUCCACGAGCGCAGCCUCAACACGGAUAUCCUCAUGGGUUUACUGAAGAAAAUCUUCUCUGAUCCUGAUAAGGCCACAAAGGGACGCUCUUUUCCUCUGAAGGUGGUGGUGAUGUCUGCCACCUUGGAAACCGAGAAACUUUCAGCUUUUCUCAGUGACUGUCCUGUCUUUGCCAUUCCUGGGAGAGCAUUUCCUGUCACCUGCACGUUCGGCUCAGCUGUCGGACCUAAAGACAUAGAGAGCACUGCUUACGUGAAAGAGGUAGUGAAAGUUGCCCUGGAUGUGCACACCAGUGAGAUGGCUGGGGAUAUUCUGGUCUUUUUAACAGGUCAGUCGGAGAUCGAGCGUGCCUGUGACCUGCUGUUUGAAAAAGCUGAGUGCAUAGACUAUCGCUAUGACGUGCACGACCGAACAGUGGAGGGUCUUCUGAUUUUGCCCCUUUAUGGAUCCAUGCCCACUGAUCAGCAACGGCAGAUCUUCCAGCCGCCACCUAAAGGAAUAAGAAAAUGUGUAGUUGCCACAAAUAUUGCUGCAACAUCACUCACCAUCAAUGGCAUAAAGUACAUCGUAGACAGUGGAUUCGUGAAACAGCUCAACCACAACUCCAGAGUGGGCAUGGAUGUCUUGGAGGUUGUGCCGAUUUCAAAGAGCGAGGCUCAGCAGAGAGCCGGCCGUGCUGGGAGAACCUCACCCGGGAAGUGUUUCCGGAUCUUCUCCAAGGACUUCUGGGAGACGUGCAUGCCUGAGUAUACAGUUCCAGAAAUCCAGAGGACGAGUCUGACUGCAGUGGUGCUCACACUCAAGUGUCUGGGUGUUCAUGAUGUGGUUAGGUUUCCCUACCUCGACCGUCCGGAGGAGAGAUUUAUUCUAGAAGCUCUCAAACAGCUCUACCAGUUCGAUGCCAUUGAUAGACGCGGUACAGUGACUGAUCUGGGGAAGCUGAUGGUGGAGUUCCCCCUACACCCAGGCCUCACCCGGGCCGUGCUCAGAGCUGCCUCAGUCGGGUGUGAGGACCUGCUGCUUCCUGUGGCUGCCAUGCUGUCAGUGGAGAACAUCUUCAUCAGGCCAGGUCACCCGGAGAAGCAGAAACAAGCAGAUCAGAGGCACCGAGCGCUGGCUGCAAAGACGGGCAGCAUGAACGACUUUGCCACACUGCUCAGUGUGUUCCAGUUGUGUAAAUCCAGUGACAGACCUUCAGCUUGGUGUAAAGACAACUGGAUCCACUGGAGGGCGCUGAAGUCUGCCUUUAGUGUGGAGACUCAGCUGCGGGAGAUCCUCCUCAGGCUGCAGCAGAAGAGAGAUUUCCCCGCAGAAACCUUUGAUGGCAACAAGAGUGAGCUCUUCAGGCGGUGCCUGUGCACAGGGUACUUCAACAACGUUGCAAGAAGGUCUGUUGGAAAGGUGUUUUGCACAAUGGAUGGCCAUGGAUCCAUGGUUCACAUUCACCCAUCAUCCUCGCUAUUUGACCAGGAGGCAGAGCUGAACUGGGUCAUCUUCCACGAUGUGCUGGUGACUUCGCGGGUGUACAUUCGGACCGUGUGUCCCAUUCGAUACGAGUGGGUGAAGGACUUGCUGCCAAAACUCCACGAAGUGGACGUCUACGAACUGAGCAGCGUCGCCCGGGAAGAAGUCACAGAAGAGGAGAUGGUGAAAUGGGAGAUGAAAGAAGCAGCCAAAAGACCAUCAGAGGUGUCUGCUGCAGAUGCCAUGAAGAAGAUGGAGAAAAGAAGCACUGACUCCUCUGUGAGCGACGCUCGCGCUCGAUACCUGCAACGAAAACAACAGAGACAGCAAUCGAAAGCUCUAUGACCUGAAAUAUUUUCUGUUUUACACACAAGAGAGGAAAAAAAGCUUUGUAUACCACAUUUGAAUAAUAAAUGUU